AUGAACUCAGUAGAGCUUAGUCUGCAAGUACUCGUAGACUUAAAAAUGGUGAAAAUUUUAUUUUUGUCUUUCUUUGCAUUUGUGGCACAAUGUUGUGGAGUAACUCAACCCAUAAUACGUAAUACACAAGCUGAAGGAUGCAUAGGAGAUAAAUGUGGAAUGAUUUGCUCGUGGGAAGAUGUAAAACUUUUUCCUGGUGAAACUUUACUUUACCGCCCAGGAAAAUGUCAUAAGUUGUAUUGCACAUUUGGUUUUGAUAUUCGUAUGACUGCUUGUUCAUUUGACACUUCUCCUGUUUGGAUUGUAAAACCAGGUGAUGCAAGAAUAGUUGAAGGUUCAAAUGCUACAGUUGAAUGCAAAGCUGAUGGUCUACCUCAGCCACAAGUUUUGUGGAAAAAAGGAGUUGACGUAGACAGUUUGUUAUACACACCACCAGAUAAGGUCUGGGGAUUAACAGAGGAUGAUACAAAUGUUCGAGUUGAAAACGGAACUUUGAUAUUUGAGAACAUUCAGAAAGCCAAUGAAGGAUAUUAUCUUUGUACUGCAAAAAACGGAAUUGAGCCUGAUAUAUCAACAAUUAUAUACAUUUAUGUACGAGGAUAUCCAAAAUUUUCCUUGGAAGUCAAAAAUCAAACUGCAAGAUAUGGAGAAUCAGCAGUUCUUCAUUGUGAAGCAACAGGAGAUUAUCCAAUUGAUUUAAGAUGGUAUAAAGAUAAAGUUCCUUUAACUUAUGAAGCAGAAUAG